ACAAAACAAUGCCAUGACUCCAUGGUGCAAAACGACAGCCCAUAAUUGCGGACCACAUUAACUGUCUCCACGCGUACUACAUCCAACCACAAGACGAGGGACGACGCCUUUUUCUUGCUCUUCUUCUCUGCGUCCGUCCACUUCACUUCGCCGUCGCGUUCGUUGCUUGCCGACGAGCGAUGGUGGCGUCACCGACGCCAGGCGCGCGGGCGUCGGCGUCGCUGCGCCUCUCCUUCGCCGUGGCGCUGGCGCUGGCGCUGCUGUCGUCGCCGGCCGCGGCGCAGGGGGAGAAGACGACGUGUCCGGUGGCCGUGCCGCGCCGCGGGGCGUGGAUGUCCGUGGCGAGCUUCGGCGCCGUCGGGGACGGGCGGACGCUCAACACGGCGGCGUUCGCCCGCGCGGUGGCGCGCAUCGGGCGUCGCCGCGCGCGCGGCGGCGCGCUGCUGUACGUGCCGCCCGGGGUGUGGCUGACGGGGCCCUUCAACCUCACCUCCCACAUGACGCUCUUCCUCGCCCGCGGCGCCGUCAUCCGCGCCACACAGGACACGUCGAGCUGGCCGUUGAUAGACCCAUUGCCGUCGUACGGGAGAGGGCGCGAGCUGCCAGGCGGAAGAUACAUGAGCUUGAUCCAUGGCGAUGGCCUCCAAGACGUGUUCAUCACAGGUGAGAAUGGAACCAUUGAUGGCCAGGGCAACGUGUGGUGGGAUAUGUGGAAGAAGCGCACACUUCCCUUCACAAGACCACAUCUAUUGGAGCUAAUCUCCUCCACUGAUGUGAUCAUCUCCAAUGUCGUCUUCCAGGAUUCGCCAUUUUGGAACAUUCAUCCGGUGUAUUGCAGCAAUGUAGUAAUCACGAACGUGACUGUGUUAGCUCCACAAGACUCCCCAAAUACCGAUGGAAUUGAUCCAGAUUCAAGCAGCAAUGUUUGCAUUGAGGAUUCAUACAUUUCGACAGGAGAUGACCUGAUUUCCAUCAAGAGUGGCUGGGAUGAGUAUGGCAUAGCCUUUGGGCGUCCCAGCUCCGGCAUCACGAUCAGACGGAUAACAGGAUCAGGACCAUUUGCAGGCUUUGCAGUGGGGAGUGAGACAUCUGGUGGUGUGGAGAACGUCCAUGUGGAGCACCUGAAUUUCUUCAGCAUGGGUGUCGGAAUCCACAUCAAGACCAACUCUGGCAGGGGAGGAUUCAUCAGAAACAUCACGGUCUCUGAAGUGACACUGGAUGGAGCUCGUUACGGUUUGAGGAUUGCUGGAGAUGUUGGUGGGCACCCUGAUGCGUCAUACAACCCCAGCAUGCUUCCUGCCGUCGACGGCGUGACGAUAAAAAAUGUUUGGGGUCAGAACAUCCGGCAAGCUGGGCUGAUAAGGGGCAUCAGGAACUCAGUUUUCAGCAGAAUUUGCCUUUCAAAUGUCAAGCUCUAUGGCAGUGCUUCUGUUGGUCCAUGGAAAUGCCGAGCUGUUAGUGGUGGUGCACUUGAUGUGCAACCACUGCCAUGUGCAGAGCUAACUAAUACAUCUAAGAUGAGCUUUUGUACAAACUAGAUUCAGAUACCAAAGCGAAU